AUGCUCCGAGGCCGAGUUGAUCCAAAAAAGGAAGAGCAGGAGCGCCUACAAGGUUUUCUCCUUGAAAUGCUUAAAGAGGAAGAAAACAAGUAUUGCGCCGAUUGUCAAGCGAAAACUCCAAGAUGGGCUGCUUGGAACUUGGGAGUAUUUAUUUGCAUUCGUUGUGCCGGAAUUCAUCGCAACCUAGGAGUGCACAUCUCAAAGGUGCGAUCUGUAAACUUGGAUUCGUGGACCGCUGAGCAGGUUCAGACAAUGCGGGUGAUGGGAAACGAGAAAGCCAGACAGGUUUAUGAACAUGACCUUCCACCUCAGUUUAGACGCCCCACGAGCGAUUCUCAAAUGGAGCAAUUUAUUCGUAGCAAAUAUGAGCAGAAAAGGUACAUGAUGCGCGACUUUGUAUAUCCGCGUGUUGAUGUCAACGAUUUGCCUAAAGCCACUGCUCAUUCGUCGUCUAAGAAAGGAGUCCAUCCAGUUGUGAGCAUUGGCAAUCGCGGCACAAAUUCGUCAAACGGAACUUCGUCGAAAGGUCCAUCAAUAACUGUCAAUAAUUUACUCGAUUUUUCCGAUGUUCCAACUUCGAACUCGUCUCCGGUAAAGUCGGCUAAUCUCUUGGACGAUCUUGCUGGACUCUCAAUCCAAUCAUCAAAUCCAGCUCCAAGUCCUACGCAAUCGGCCGACAAGAAUGACGAUUUCGACGAUUUCGGUUCAUUUGUGUCUGCUACUUCGACUUUUGCCUCCCCAGCAAACCCAACUCCGAAAGCCAAUAAUGUUGGAUUCGCUGAUUUCUCAUCUGCGCCGACAACAGCAGCACCUGUUGCACCGGCGGCUGGAAGUGGUCUUGCCGAUCUAGCUUCAAUUUCGGAUCCUGCUCCGUCAGCAGAACCUAGCAAAAAAAGUAACGCUGACAUUCUGUCGUUGUUCGGAACCAGCAGUGGUCCGGCGGCACCAUCACCUAUGCUUGUGGCGCCUGGUGGCUUCACUGCGUUUGGUCUUCAAGCGGCUCCGGCAGCUCAAACUGGGCCCCAACAAAAUGUAUUCCCAGCGUUUGGUAAUAUCCCACAAUCAGUUCCAUCAAAGCCAGCUGGUGAUGGCUUGUUCGGUGGACUUGGGGGAAUUAACUUCGGUGGUGCUCCUUCGGUGCAGCAAAUCCCGCAAUUCGGAAUUAUGGGACAAAGUACAGCAGCACCACAGAAGCUCAAUUCGCCGACUGGAUCAUCGGGAUUCAAUCUUCCAAAUAAGUCGAAUGCCUUUGCGGACUUGGCGUUAGGGAAGGUUAUGAAGACGAAUUACGGACAAAGUGCUCUUCACGCGCAACAUCCACCAUCAUCAAAACCUGCCGCUCCAAUGGCAACUAUUAUGUCUACAACUUCUACGCCUGCUCCUACGACCGCAGCUAAUAAUGAUCUAUUCGACAUGUUUGCGCCGGCUCCUCCGCCGAUGUCAAUGAACUCAUCCUCAGGAUUAGACGACUUGCUCGGUCUAUAA